AUGCCAAUGAAUGAGCUUCAGACUAUAGCUCAACACUAUGGAACUGAGCAUUUUGUUAACAAGAAUCCUCUACAUUUCCAAAUGGCGAUGCGAACUGUGGAGGCUCCACAAUCCCAGCUGCUCUACACCCUGCUGAUGAUGAAUGGCUGGUGGGACAUCAGCAUUCUGCUCUGCCAGGAAUGGAAUAUUAGUGACUUCCUUUUCCUCAUCAAAAACAACACCCGCUUUCACCUGGGCACUCUUGUCAACCUGACAACUAUUGCCUUAACCUCUUCAGUAUCUUCAUCUGCACUACCAACCUCAGCGGUGGCAUCAGGUAUUGCAACCUUACCCUAUUUUUCCUCUGCUGCCUCUGCUUCUUCUUCAUCCACUUCUUCUAAAUCAGACCAGCAGCAAACUCUCCUGCGACAGCUGGAGACCCUUAGAGAACACUCAGCCACAACAGGAUUGGUGACAUUUGGGUGCGACAUUCGCGAGGUGCGACGUUUGUGGACGCUGGUCACGCGGAUGACGCUUCCAGAGUUUCACUGGGUCUUGGGAGACAGCCAGAAUGUGGCUGAGCUGAGAACAGAAGGGUUACCCCUGGGGUUACUGGCCCAUGGGGUCAUGGGAUCCCCUUCUCUGGAUCACUACGUCCAUGACUCAUUAGAACUCGGAGCGCGUGCCGUGGGCAGUGCUGCCCAGGAUAAUCCUGCCUUGGCACUCAUACCAGGGACUACCAAUUGUAUGGAUAAACAACAGAGCAAUGGGAGCUCGGGGGAAUACUUGGCAAGAUUUGUAGCCAACACAUCAUUUGAGGGCCAGAGCGGUUUCAUAUCCAGCAACAGUCAGAGCCAGAAUGUCAUCUCAGAAGCCCAUCACUACAUCUGGUCCCUCCAGCUGGAUCCCUUAGGCCAGCCAACCUGGACCCGCCUGGGACGCUGGCGCAGGGGGAGAAUUCUGAUGGACCCAGCAGCCUGGCCAAACCAUCCAGGUUCUGGAGGAGGUGGCGAUUGGCGCCGACCUCCACGGUUGCACAUGCGAGUAGUGACACUGGUGGAGCACCCAUUUGUAUUUACCCGUGAAGUGGAUUCGGAUGGGUUAUGUCCUGCCGGGCAGCUGUGCCUGGACCCGCUUACCAAUGACUCCUCAGUUUUGGAAGGACUUUUCCAUAACCUCAGAGGAACCAAUGGAUCUGUUCCCACAGAUCUAAAGAAAUGCUGCUAUGGCUACUGCAUUGAUCUAUUGGAGAAGCUGGGGGAGGACAUGGGCUUUACUUUCGAUCUCUACAUUGUUGGUGAUGGGAAAUACGGGGGGUUUAAGAAUGGUCGUUGGACAGGAUUGGUGGGUGAUCUUCUCAGUGGUGCUGCCCACCUGGCAGUGACAUCUUUUAGCAUUAAUUCAGCUAGGAGCCAGGUGAUUGACUUCACCUCACCUUUCUUCUCCACGAGCCUAGGAAUUCUGAAAUUGGAUGCAUUCAUCAUGGACAAAGCACUGUUGGACUAUGAGGUCUCCAUAGAUGCAGAUUGUAAAACACUAACAGUAGGAAAACCUUUUGCAAUUGAAGGCUAUGGCAUUGGCCUCCCUCAGAACUCUCCACUCACUUCCAACAUCUCGGAGCUUAUUAGUCAGUACAAGUCAGAUGGCUUCAUGGACAUGCUGCAUGACAAAUGGUACAAGGUCGUUCCCUGCGGGAAGCGCAGUUUCGCUGUGACUGAGACGCUGCAGAUGGGUAUAAAGCAUUUUUCUGGUCUGUUUGUGAUGUUGUGUGUGGGCGUGGCUUUAUCUUUGCUGACCACCAUAGCGGAACACAUUGUGUACAAGCUGGUGAUCCCAAGGGUCAAGGAGCCACGCUUCAAAUACUGGCUACACACAAGCCAGAGAUUACACCGGGCCCUCAACUCAGUCUUCACAGAUGACAAACUACCGACUAUUACAAAGCCUGAAAAGAGGUGCAAUGAGGGAAACAACCAGUCUACGCCUUGGAAUCCUCCAGAGUCGUCCCACUGUAACAGGCGAAGGAUCCUUCCACAAGAGAUGCAAAAUGACCUGGAACGCCCGUCAUCCCAGGAUUUCCCUCCUCCACCGCCCCCUUCUCCCCUCCCUCAUCCCCACUCUCUCCCUCUGCUGGAGAAACCCCUGCCUAUAGUAACUACCUCUAAUGGUCGCUCUGACCUGUUAGGAAGGGGUUUGGACCAAGGACUGGGGCCAGGGCAGGGCGGUUCUGGGCAGUGCCGUGCUUUGGGAGUGGGCGACUGCGGUCCAGGUCUGGGUGUGGGACGGAACCCGCUGGUUCAAGAACUGUCAGAACUGGAGAGUCAAAUCCUUGUAAUCAAGCAGCAGCUGCAGUCUGCCAUGAGGAGGAAGAGAGAGCUUGAACAGUACCAAUCAGAAAACCAGCAAGCAAACCAGACUGCACCCAGUCAGCCCACUUCACACCAGUCUAACCAGUUUGUUCAGUAUACCCAGACCCACCAGCAGAUUAAACAACACAAAAACACAUGUCCGGAGUUGUGAAGCCAGUCCCAAUUUGUCCAGGAAAGAAAACCCUGGUUAACACACUGGACUAGUUUUCAAAACCUCAGCUGGGUCCCGGAACAAAUCCUUGCCUGAGUUCUGAAGUUAGAACCCUCCCCGAUUUCCAAUGGCAGGAUCCUCCUUAUGGCUCUGGAGCUCCCCUCAACACUCCACUGAAAUGUUCAGCAGUGAUCAGAUCCUGCUCUGCAAUUCCAAGUAGGACAUUUUCUCACUCCUGGAACAUGAGAUUGAAUUAGAUGAGAGGUGCUGGAUAAGGGUGAAGCAGGGAUCUUGAACCAAAUCUGUUCUGUUGUAUCACUGAAGAGCUUUGCAAUUCCUUCCCCCUCUCAACUUCCCUUAUAUUGCCAUUUUCUUUAACUCCUUUUCAUGCCUAUCUGGUUCUUUUACCUUUUUCCUGUUUAUUUCUUCCUUUUGUCCCUGCCAUGCCUCCCCUCCUAAAACCUCAUUUUUCCAAGGGUACAGAUUUGCUUGCUAUGACAUUAAGCCUGAUCACAGAUAUGAGGACUCUUUGGUAUUUAAGCUUAAUAGACUAAUUCACCUGAGUCUUUUAAGACUCACUGAGGAUUUCAAAUGACCUGAGGUUGAACCCAGUCAUCUAAGUCUUCAUGUUUGUGUGUCUUGCUGAAACCUUGUAUCUUUCAGCUAUUACCAUUGAUGUUUCUUGCCUUUGGUAGCAUGUUUGUAUUGAUUAGGGGUAUUUUUUCUCUAAUAAGCUUUUGAAAGGGUCGGUGGGGUGGUUAGAUGUAAUCAUUUUUUUAAAAAGAUAAAGCUUUCGCAAGACACAUUUACAUACGUAAUGAACACCAGGUUGACAUCUCAUGGUGGAUUAUAAUAAGCGUACACACAAUCUUAUUUAUGGUUCACUGUAUAAUGUCCUGCACUUCACUGAUGCACACUGAAUAAACAAAGUCACCUUAACUUGUCAGAGUUUGAGUUAGGGUAUAGAAGUAUUUCACAGUGAGAUCACAACAAUGGCAAGCUGGCAACAUAAAACCUAAAACAGGAUUAAAUUGAACAGUCUCCAGCUUUUUCCGCGGUCAGGGACCCAAAACAAAACCUUUCUGUCCAGGCUCUUGAGGUCAUACUGGUGCUCUUGUAACAUUGUGACACAAAAUACACACUUUUCAGUUCCUCCUUUAAGCCAGCUGUUAAAUGGUAACUGUAUGAACACAGACCACUAGUUUAACUCUGACACAUUAUUAAAUGUGAUUUGCAUUCAAAAAUGAACACAACACAACAGUUCCCUCUCUGGGGCCCUGUUUUCUUGCAUCAUUUCUCUUUGGGUUUGGACAUGUUCUGUUAUUAAAUAUCUUCUUUGCACUUA